AUGGACGAGUCGGACGCCAGUGCAGUGCGAGGCAAGAUCACCUUGCUUCCUGGCCACGAUGCGGAGUUGACUUCUGUGACUUUCUGUAUCCUGGACGAGGAUCAUACUAUGGGCAAUGCUCUUCGCUACAUGUUGAUGAAAGAUCCGCGUGUUGAGUUCUGUGGUUAUACUCUGCCGCAUCCAUCUGAGAACAAAAUUCACAUGCGUGUUCAGAUGCAAGAAAACACUGUUACCGCCAUGGUUGCCAUGCGCGAUGCCCUGGAUGAGCUGGAUCGUGUCUUCACUACGAUUCAGGAUAAGUACCAGGCGAGCAUUUCGUCUGGCAUGGAGCGUGAAGAAGCUCCGAAGCCCAGUGUGCCUCUUCGUACCGAAUUUUCGGCGUAA